GACAACGAGCCGGAGCCGCUGCGGAACGGCUGCCUCUGCCCGCUUGCUGUCCGUAGGACCUCGGCGGCUCUCGGUAGCUGAGGCCGGCAGCGUUUCUGUGCUAAACGUGGUCUCCUUUCCCCGCCGUCCUCCGGCAAGUCGUGGAGCGAUCGCUUCGGUAAAGGAAAAAGCCGCAGCUUUAGAGCCCGGCGAGAUGCCGGGGCCCGGGGAAGAGCUGCAGAGAGGUUCUGCCGGUUGCGGUUGGGCUUACCCUGGGUGGAAGCGCACGGGCUAUUUAUUUGGUAUCGUUGGCCGUGGGGGAGCUGAAGGGCACGGGGAGAAACGUCGCCUCGGGUUUUCUGGCAACUUGCGGGGGGAAGCGGGAGGCAGCUUUUUUCCGGCCUCUGCAGUGACCGUCAGGGCAGAGGGCUCUCCUCCAGCUACAGCAUCUCUGUUCGUGGAGGUGGUCCUAGGUUGGCAGCCCGUUUGGUUCUGCUGGCAGAGCAAAUACCUCCCUCCCCGAGGAAUGCUGGCCCUGGGACCUCGGCUUCUCUACAGCGAGGAAGAAAUGCAGCGGCCAGGUGGCUGGCCCUGCUCUCUGUGCGUCGGUACCCGACCACCGGCUGACCAGGCUUUUGUGCCAAGCUAGAAAACUGCAGAAACGGCGGCCUUGCUUUUAUGGGGCCUCUUUGUAAGGGAAGCCUGCUCUCCUUUGACUUCAAUGGCCGCUGUCCGAUGAGCGCUAUCUUGGGGCGCUCUCCGUUGCUGGAGACCACAAGGAGGGAGGUUAGUUCUGGAGUGAUUCAGCAACAUGUGGAUAUUCGGGCGCUUUUGAUCCUGACAGUCUCCAGGUGCGCUAGCCUGAUGCAGGUAACUUCUUGUCCCUAGGACAAGGCACAGCUGAAAUGAGCCUCAGAGAGCUACUGCCCCUUUUCAGUAUGGAUGUUCCGGAAGCAUGAGCUGCAUUUAAGGUUGGGAGGAGGGAUGGGACCUCUGCAGCAGAUUUGGGAUGUCUGUGUGCUAGCGUUUUGCACCAGGAGGUGCCGGUUUGUUACAAGUUCACUGUUUUGUGGCUCGCUAACACUUCAAUGUACAAUAGCCUUUUGGUUACGAUCACUACAGCCAAGCAAACAUCUCUGUGGAAUCUCUCCACUCCGCACCCCAGGUUUCUCUCCUGACCCAUGAGCAUCUGCUGGAAAUAGUUUAUCCAGCAUGGCAGUGAGUAAGACUCUUAGGGAUCUUGGGUGUAAAGAUCUGAGUUUCCUUCCUGAGAACUGACUGAUUCAUGAAUCACGGCAAAUAGCAUCUAAGUCGUAGGCGUAAAUAGGCGUAAGUCACCUGCUCUCUUGACGUGACAGUCUAGGAUCCAAAUGGAGUCACUCCUUAGCAUCUUGGGUAGCUAGGAUAGUCCCUUACACUCUCUGUCAGCUAAGGUCAGCUCGGUGAGGAUGGCAACGGAACCUCUUUGCUCUGCCAGCCCACCUGGUGGCCGUCCACUCUUGCCCUCGUCAGCAUCAGUUUGGGUCUCUGUAGAUGGAGUGGCACGUGAAAAUCAAGGCAGGCAGGCUCUGAAGACUGGAGACUGUUCUGGGUUCUGGUCUGGCUUUGCUGCGUUUCAGGCUCGGCAGCUCGAAAACUCGAAGAGGCAUGCUGAAGUCUCAGUGCUGUCUUCUGUAUUUUCUCAGGUGCUGGAGCCUUGCCUCUAAACCCUUAGACAAGCUGGUCUUGGUAAACUUGGUAGUCUUGAGAGGCUUCACCCCUUCCACCUGGCCUGCUAGGAGUGGCUGCAAACCACGCUGCCUUCUCUAAAGGAUGUGACUCCUCAGGGACAGGAAUUUGAGCUCCUUCAGCUGAAAUUCCCGGGGUCUGGGACCCACUGGCCUUGGCAGGCCCCCAGUAUACCAGCAAACUCAAGGCCAUUAUGUCACAUGCUCUUCAUAGCUCAGUUUUCUUGUACGUGGCCUGUGCUGUUGCCUGCAAGAAGAUGUGAGGGAAUUCUCUUAAUUGUUUUCUGGCUUGAAAACAGGCUCCCACUGCUCCACAGCGUGAAGCACUGAGCUUGUUCAGAAGAGGAAAUGCAGAUCUGCUUACGUGGUCCGGGACGUCUACAUUGCCAACCCACGCUACGACUGAAGCCGUCUACUGCUGGAGCUGCUAGGCCACGCCGCAUCAUGUCACGGGGUCAACUUUCCCUUUAGAAGCUCAUGCUGAAUCUCACCAGAUUCGUCGCUCUUGCCUGAUGUCAGGGCAUCGCUGAGCGAUAACGACCCGUUCUGAACUGGCCCACUGCCACCUACUCGAGACACCAUCACCUUGCACGGCGGACAGUGCCGGUGAGAAGGGAAAGCCCACCAUCUACCACCUGCAGCCAUGGAAGGGGGUGUGCAGCUCCUCAACCGCGACGGCCACAGCAUCUCCCACAACUCGAAGCGGCACUAUCACGACGCCUUCGUGUGCAUGAACCGCAUGCGGCAGCGUGGGCUGCUCUGCGACAUUGUGCUCCAUGUGGGCACCAAGGAGAUCAAGGCCCACAAGGUGGUGCUGGCGUCGUGCAGCCCGUACUUCCACGCCAUGUUCACAAAUGAGAUGAGCGAGAGCCGCCAGACCCACGUGACGCUGCACGACAUUGACCCACAGGCCCUGGAGCAGCUGGUGCAAUACGCUUACACGGCUGAGAUUGUGGUGGGCGAGGGGAAUGUGCAGACACUUCUUCCUGCUGCCAGCCUGCUUCAGCUCAAUGGUGUGCGGGACGCUUGCUGCAAGUUCCUACUCAGCCAGCUCGACCCAUCCAACUGCCUGGGGAUCCGGGGUUUUGCUGACACGCACUCCUGCAGCGACCUCCUCAAGUCUGCGCACAAGUACGUCCUCCAACACUUCGUGGAGGUGUCCAAGACAGAGGAGUUCAUGUUGCUGCCUCUUAAACAGGUGCUGGACCUCAUUUCUAGUGACAGCCUCAACGUGCCAUCAGAGGAGGAGGUGUACCGGGCUGUGCUCAGCUGGGUCAAACAUGACGUGGACAGCAGAAGACAGCAUGUCCCCAGGCUUAUGAAGUGCGUGCGGCUGCCCCUGCUGAGCCGGGACUUCCUCAUGAGCAACGUGGACACGGAGCUGCUGGUGCGGCAUCAUUCGGAGUGCAAGGACCUGCUGAUCGAAGCCCUCAAGUACCACCUCAUGCCGGAGCAGAGAGGGGUCCUCAGCAACAGCAGGACGAGGCCGCGGCGCUGCGAGGGUGCCAGCACCGUGCUCUUUGCUGUGGGUGGGGGGAGCCUGUUCGCCAUCCAUGGGGACUGCGAGGCCUACGACACGCGGACGGACCGGUGGCACAUGGUGGCCUCCAUGUCGACUCGCAGGGCCAGAGUGGGCGUUGCUGCCAUUGGGAACAAGCUGUACGCUGUGGGCGGCUACGAUGGGACCUCUGAUUUGGCCACGGUGGAGUCCUACGAUCCUGUCACCAAUUCCUGGCAACCUGAGGUGUCCAUGGGCACCAGGAGGAGCUGCCUGGGUGUAGCAGCACUUCAUGGGCUUCUCUAUGCUGCUGGGGGGUACGAUGGGGCCUCGUGCCUGAACAGCGCAGAGCGGUACGACCCUCUGACAGGCACCUGGACAUCCAUCGCUGCCAUGAGCACCAGGAGACGCUACGUCCGGGUGGCAACGCUAGAAGGCAACCUCUAUGCCGUUGGGGGAUAUGACAGCUCAUCCCACUUAGCCACAGUAGAAAAGUAUGAGCCCCAGAUCAACACCUGGACGCCCAUUGCCAAUAUGCUAAGCCGUCGGAGCAGUGCAGGAGUGGCCGUGCUGGAGGGGAUGCUCUAUGUGGCCGGCGGCAAUGAUGGGACCAGCUGCCUUAACUCUGUCGAGCGCUACAACCCCAAAACCAACACAUGGGAGAGCGUGGCACCCAUGAACAUCCGCAGGAGCACCCACGACCUGGUAGCCAUGGAUGGGUGGCUGUACGCAGUGGGUGGCAACGACGGAAGCUCCAGCCUCAACUCCAUCGAGAAGUACAACCCCCGUACCAACAAGUGGGUAGCAGCCUCGUGCAUGUUCACGCGCCGGAGCAGCGUGGGGGUGGCUGUGCUGGAACUCCUCAACUUCCCGCCCCCCUCCUCGCCCACGCUGUCGGUGUCUUCGACGAGCCUUUGACAAAGAAUCAGGACCUACCUUACCUCAAGGGGACAGGGGUGCCUGGCGGAGCGCUAGGCCAGCAUGGCCCACCCCACGGGGCAGCCGGUCGCUGUAGGAGGAGAGCGAAGGUACCGGCUGCCGCCUCCAGCCCCAGCGCUCCCGCGAACCCCCGGAGCUAUCCCCGCUCUCGGGGCACACAUCGGAUCAGCACGACCACAGCAGUUAGAAAUGUGCUUCCCGGGCGAGCACCCUCCUUCUAGAGUGCGAGGAGAGGGGGUGCUCUCUGCUCCGUUCAGACUCAUCUCACCACUCACCCAAAGGGCGUAUAUUUUCUUUGGGGAGGGGAAACUCUAAACCAUUGCUGCUUCUUGGAUUCAUGUGAUCCAGCCGGUGCCACACGUAAGAGCACAGCCAGCCUUGGAGGCUUUCAGGAGUCCUGUGGGGUGGCAGAGGUGGACAGCACUCCUCUCAAAGGACACGGCUGAAUGUGCAACUGCUCCUCUGAAUGUCACUGUAGCCAAACUCUUUACCAAGCCUAUUGUGCACUGUUAAAGACUCUGAGGCCACUGUAUGGUUCUCAAUGGUGUCUAAUUGAUGCCUUAAAAUACACAAACAAAAGAAGCCCAGCUAAGGGACGGGGCCUGGAGGAGGUGAGGUUUGGAGACACAACUGGAUGCAGCAUCCGGAACCCUCCAGUGUUUCCAUACUCAGCUGGCCCCACCUCAUUCACUAAAAUCCCAGCUGACCAUUGCUCUGGGGAGUCCCCAGCCAGGCAGAUGGGUUGAAUGACCUUGUUUGCAUCCAUGCCAUCGCUGUCCCAGGUUCAAGUGACUGUGCGGCUGCCUGCUCUCUGCACGUGGUCCUGGUUCACAGUUUGGCUGGGAACGGAUGGGCCUGUUUGCUGUUCCCCUCUCUGCAAAGCAGAUUCUGGGUUUACGGAAAGGUAUCGGUUCUUAAACAAGAACAGUCCAGCCUUCUAAAUGAGGAGGAUUGCCUGGUGUUACUUUUUGGGUGUUAAUUUUUUUGCCUUUUUUUAUUUGAAUGCUAAUAUUUUAAUUUUUAAUGACUUCAUAUCCCUUUAUUUUUUACACUAUCCUGGUAUUCCCCAUCCCAUCUGCUUUUAAGGCAGCAGAAGGGAUGCAAUUACUUUUCUCAUUUGUUGAUGAGAUGAUGACUGUGUCCUGGAAGACGUUCUCUAUAGAUGUGUGGGUGUGUGUGCAUGUGUGAGAUACCGUACGUACAGCGAAAACAGCGUGGAAGGGACCAUUUGCAAUUAGCAACUCCCUGGCAAUUAAGCAACCACUUUAAUUAACUAAAGGUUGAAUAAAUGAGUACUGUAAGUCACAGGCCUGUCCUAGACCCACCUGUGCCAUGGAACCUCUUGGGUGGUGUUCUCAAUGGGUGUGCUGUAGGGUGUGUGUGUGAGCCUUGAACAGAGACAUAUUAUCAGGUGUUCUCCACGUUGUAGAGGAAUGACUCAACCACUGGUACCUCAAUAGUGUUCAAAUGUAGCAUUGGAAAUAUGGUCUAACUGUUUGUUUCGAACUAAUUCCUUAUCCUUUUUUUCCCCGUUCCUUCUCAUUUCUCAUUUACAGAGUUCGGAUUUCACUUGUGGUGGUAUUCAUUGGCCUAAAUUUCAACAUGGCUAGGGAUUUCUUCUUUUCUCUUUUCUUUGGGGUGAAAGGAGACUUUGAGAUGAGGCAGGGACUCCCCAACUUAAGACAAUUUUUACGGCAAUCUGAUUUCUCCUGGACAGGUGCCUGCACGUUUUACAAGCCCACUUACAGUGCCUAACGUUGGACACCUGAAAUUACCAGCAGCUUCUGAAAAUCUGGGCUGCUUCUCCCCCCAGCCUCUCCCCAGGGACAGUCUGGGCUUCUCAGGCUGAGGCGGCCGUUUUGGCUUUUAGAACAGACUCUAAAUCUGCUUUUCAUUCCCCUCUCGCUUGCCAAGCCUCUGCCCCAGCCUGUCACAGCUCAGCAGCUCUCCCGUUCCUCUGUAUUGCAGAGGACCCUGCAAAUGUCCAGGCUCUGCUCCUGCAGGUCGCCUCUUGGUCAACGUGGCAGUAGGGCUGCCCUAAGUAGGUCACCUGAAGCUGCUUUGUUGGAAGUAACGACAAAAUCGGUGAAGUCUGCUCUGUUGCGUGCGUGUGCGUGUGCCUACGCGUGAGCGAGGUCUCAAUCCUUUCCAUCCCAUUCCUAUAAGCGACAUCAGGAUUUUAGUCGUCUGCUGAACUCGUACCGACCAGCGCAUUCAAGGUCCCCCUGGCUCUAGGGCCCUCUUUGAGGAAAGAUCAGCCUAAAAACCCCAUGGCCACGUCAGAAGUGAAAGGUGCCGGUGCUGGGCAUUGCAUGGCCCAACGUGCCGAGGUCCUGCCGAGGCCUCUGGGUGAGGAAUGGCGAAAAGGACAGCGGAGCUGAAGGGAGUACUGUACGACAAGGGGGGCCAGAGAGGAACUGCUGAAAGGAGAAACGGGGCUGAUUUCAAACAAGGAACGAGGCGUCGUGGCAGUGGCUCAGCAUCUGGUCCAACUGUGGCUGCUGUAGUCUGAAGGGGGGGGCUGCAGGCAGGCAAAACCGGAGGGGGAGCGAGCAGCGUAGCAGGCUGAGGAGAAUUUUUGUGCCGUGUGCCCUUGGCCCCAGUUGCAAUCUCUAGCAAUUUACAUUACAAAUGGUGUGCGGUGCUGUCCUGCCUCUUGAGGAUCAGGGAAACGGGCAGCGUGGCUCCUGUCACCCACCGGUUGGGUCCUGAGCAAUAUCACCACUGAGCCUGUUCUGCAGAAACCUGGGGAGGAGGGAGGCUUUUUGUGUCUCUGAUGUACUAACUAUGCAGGUGCUCACUGCUUUCCUGUAAAAGAGAAAGAAGGAAGGAAAGGGCAAAAUAGUUCCCCAGCACCUUGCGGGGGUCUGGAGCACCCCGACCCACACUGUGUGGACACGAGGUGUCAGCAUCUGCCCUGGGAGAUCCCAGGGUGGAAUUGCUUCUGGUGCUGCACAUCCCUUGCUGAGGAGGAGGCCUCGGAGGGGAUGCGCGUCUGUGUCUGUCUGUCUGUGUGUAGUACCCUAUCUGAGGGGAGGAGAACUGUCAACUGUGUGUGGCUUCUCUGCCAGUUUUAGUUAGUGGUGUCUCACCCAAAAUGUUAUUCGUGUGAUUUUCCCAUGUGAGCUUUUCCCAGCGGAGGAGCAUCCCCGAGCGGGUGGCUCCAGGCUGUGUGUGUUGAUGUGUUUCGCCCAGGGACCCCGGUGUCAGUCUGCAGUGAGACAGCAAGGCUAGGCUGGAGCCCUCGCCCUGAUACGGGGGGAGAGGUUCGCUUGGCCUUACUGGUAGGCAGACCCGGUCUACUCCAUGUCAAACUGUUGUCACUUUGAUUUCUCUGUAAGUUAUCUGACUUAUUUAUGUGGAACUCUGUUUCUCUGAAUUUUUUGCACUACACGGGAUUGGGGAGGGGAUACAAGCAAUAGAAGCCAACAUGUACAAUAAAGACGUUUUCUUGAAUACUGGA